UAUGGUCUAAGGAUGAAGUGCAAACAACUCGUGUUUUGUUUUACCUACGGGUCAUUCCAAAUUUGAUCGGGUGUUUGCCUGCCCCAGUCUUCGGAGACAUGGUAGCUCCAACUAUGUUCUUGUAUCCUAUAUCAACCAAGUGCAUAUUUAGUUUUGCUUGAUUUUUUCAUAAAAUAGUUUCGUUGCAGGCUUUCGUAAAAAUUUAUACCUGUAGUAUUUUGUUUAUAAUCGAUAAAAAAUGUGCUUCCUUAUUUUAAAAAACUGGAUAUAUGGAACAUCCGAUUGGAAAAGUAUCUCGAGCUUUUCAUUCCGUCUUCAUUGCAUUUAUGUCUAUGGGGAAAGAAUCUGAAAAAAAACGAUGGAGUCUCUUUGAAGGAGAAUCUCGUUUUUCAUUACAUACAAGUAUCCUUAUCGGUAAUUAUCAUACCAAAGACCUUGGUCUUUAAUAUGUGAGACUGAUAAUUUUGAAUACGUUUUUAUAUGAUAUUGUAUUUUGAAUAUAGGGAUAUCCUGGCAUUACUCCUUUUGAGGAAAUGACAUCCGGAGUUGUAGGAAUGGUCCAACAUCUUCCUGCUGGAAGCCCUGCCACUUUUUAUUGCAUUCAUAGUCUUGUUGAAAAAGCGAGUCAGCUUUGUUCUGAAGUCUUCACUCACGAGGCUGAUGCGUGGAAGCAGUGGCAAGGAGAGCCAGAACCUAGCAAGAAAUUAUUGGACCUGCUUUUACGUCUAGUUUUCCUUGUUGAUAUUCAAGUCCUACCCAACUUGAUGCAACUAUUGGCACAGUUGAUUACCAAGUUACCACAAGAUGCACAGAACAUAGCUUUGAAUGAGUUGUAUUCACAAGUGGCUGAUUCUGAUGAUGUUGUCCGCAAACCCAUGUUGGUAUCAUGGCUGCAGUCAUUAUGUUACCUUUGCACAAUGGCUUCAAAUCAAAGUGCAGCCUCCCGAAAAAGUAAAAGUGAAGACCCCCUAAGCGGUGGAAGAAUUACUGCACAUCUCUAA